GCUCCCUCCUGGUACAAACACAAGUCAAACAGUGGAUGAGCUGAUUCUUUUAUCCGCAUUGUCCUUGAACGUCACUUCACAGAGUACAGAUUUCGGUUCACACCUCGACCUGGCAACAAAGAGACGGUAACUAGCGUUCAAAGGGUGGUGAUUCUACAUCUGCAGCAUGCAGCCGGUUGAAGCACAAAAAGGAGUUUCUACCAAAAGCCAGCUGUUCAAUUCUCUGAGGGUGUAUCUGAACAACAAGAACAGACUACAACCCAUUAUCGGCCUGGGCAGCAUUAUAGAAUGCGUGAAGACGGGCACACAAAACAGAGAAUUGUUAUACCUGUGUGAAGUGUGUGUGUGUCGACUUAGUAAAGCUGACAUGCGGAACCACAUUAUGGGAAGCCUCCACAGAUACAACUACAUUAAAGCCUGGCACCCCCACUUAGUGUCUGAAUGGAAGGAGAAGUCUGACCUGUCUAAACUGGCCUGGCCACUGAUGGAGAUGGCCAAAGUUCUUGAGGGAAAAGAGGGACCUGGAGAAGUCCAGUGGUUAGAGGUUGAAGAUGCUGUAUACCAGAAGAUUGCAACACACAGUGAGAAUGCAGCAGUAACUCUGAUAACAAUCUUAAAAGAUUGGCAGGGCCAGGAUGAACCUGAGAGACGUUCAGAUACCACUUCACUGGAGAACUAUUCCAUCCAAUCGCAGAGGAUUGUAUUGCUUUCCCAGAACCAAGAAAGACUGUCCAGGAACUCCCUCAAGACCUCAGCAGAGACAAACCAAACUGUAGCUUUUAUCAAGUCAGAAGGCCGGUUAAAGAACACAUCACCUCAACCCGCUGUUCUAUCGGAGAAUGGCAACAGCUUUCUUGACGGCUACACAGGAACCAAGCCUCUUAUUGGUCUUUUCCGCGUGGUUGAAUGUAGAAGUGAAGAUGGCCACACAUGCUGUUUCUUAUGUCACUGCUGCCGCAUCCGAUCCAACAAAAAGGACAUCAUUGAUCACCUAACCACGUCUUCCCAUCUCCUGAACUACUUGAUGGAAAUUCAUCCUGGGAAGGUGGAGGUAAUGAUGGCAUAUAAUAAUGACCACUAUCCGCUUCUCCAUUCAAUGGCCAAGAAAGUGGAGCAGGAGGAGGGCAGAGGAGAGCUGAAGGUGAUAAACGCACCAGAAUCCCUGUGUAGACUACUGACUGGCAAAAGUUACCACUGGUGUAUAAAGAUGCUGUGUAAUGGUAGGGCUCAUACUGACAUCCAAAAGCGGAAAAUAGCUGUCAAAGGGCCGAGUGUGAUCAAGACUUCAAAUGAAGUCAUGCUGGGAAAAUGUGCUGCGUUGCCGUCACAACGGCCAAAAACUAUGACUGCUAAGAGGAAAAUGAAGAAAGGGACUACUACUGUGUUCAAUGUAAGCCUGCCCAUCACCCAAGGUGCAAUGCUUCUGGAGAGGAUCUCGUUCAGCAUGAACAGCCUCCCUGAGUCAUCUGCAUACCCCCCAUCAUUCGGCUUAGAUCUCACUCCCUUGCCAGAGUCCCAGUCAGAGGGCUGUGAGUUGGACUAUGACACCGGACCAUUUGAAAGUAACCACGCUGAACACACCUCACAACUUAAGCAUGACCUCUAUGGUGGAGAUGCAGACGCUGGUCAACACAUGGAACCAGAAAGAAAAGUCACAGUCACUCCGUAUAAGGAGGUGGACGCUUAUUUCAAUGACAAUGAAUACUUUAACCAGUCAGAAGACUUAACUGUAACAAAAUACCAGAAGGUGUAUAGAGAAAAUAAUUAUACCGGACAACACGGUUAUCAAGAACGAUCAAGUCAGAGGUUUUACUACGAGUAUCCAAAUGAAGGCCCACAGACACAACAUGAAUGGAAGUCACCUGCUGUCUCCUACACUCAGGACUUGUCAUCUUAUAACUCUUACUACGGACGAGAGACGAGCAGCACUGCGCAGUGGAACAAUUCAACUUCACCGAGAAAUAUUGGCACAAGAGAUUUAAGCAAAGGACACGAGAUGAACUCCGAUGUUAGGCAACAGUAUUACUACCAACAAGCCCAAAAUCAGUCCAUGGCACAAGGUCCUUCAGGUCUUCAGACAGGCAGUGCUGGACAGCAUGGUUGGUCUGGUGGAUUGGCUGCUCAUUCAGAAGCUGCUUGGAUCAACAUUCAUCCUUGCUUAGGAGUUCCCCUUGCUCACAGAGGAAGCAUUGCAUCAGAGCCUACAGUACCGUUGCUUCAGACUGAACAGAGACGAUACCCAACAUACAUGGGAGUUAACCAUUGGUGAUGAUUUGAAUGAUUUCUGGAAGCUCAGAUUGAGAAAAUCUGUUUUUGUUUGCAUAUCCCAAGUUUACUUGUGCUUAUGUUGGGUCAUCCCACUGAGACGACUGCUGAAGGGACAGGGGUGCCCAUGUUAUGAAAUCACACUCAGACGCUCUGGUUUGGUUUAUAAUUGUGCCGUGGCAUGCUUUUACGUUCCUCUACAAUAAAUGGGCUCUGUCAGAAAUGGGAACCUCCUAAAGGACAGAUGUUUUACAUGUAGUGAUACUACCUUUAUAGCCUCUGAGAUCAGUAUGCAGCUUUGGCCCCUUUCUUUCUCAACAUUAUUUAUAUGACAACGUUUAAAAGAAGUGAAACAGAUGUGGAACUAAAACCGGAUUUGAAUGUUUACAACUAAACUGAAAUAAGCCUAGAUUGUGAGUCUGACAUAUUGUCCGUCAGACUUAAGGAUAUUAAUGACGAUAGCCUAUGUUUUUGUUUUUUGAGAAUAAUAAUUCUCAAUAAUAAUUAAUAUUGUAUAGGAUCAGAGCAACAACAGAGAAAUUCUAAAGGUUUCAGAUCAGACUGAGGUUCUGAUUCAUAGUUGCCACUAAAUUGAAUAAUAUGUUUUUAACUACAAACUAAUAUCUACAUUUUCUAUUUCUUUUGGACCAUUAUGCCAAUGUGACUACAUUAUGUACAAGCUGUGUCUAAAUAAAUCCAAAGAAGAAUAUACUUGAAAAUUCAUUAAAUGUUUUUUAGCCUACUAAAGGUUUGUGCUUGAAUGUGUUUUUCUCAAAUUCUUUUGGAUGCCCUGGUUUUGCUUCAGUUGACAUUGUAAGAUUAUGUAACAUAUUAAUAUACUGUAUGUUUAAGUUAGCAGCAGCUACUGCUACGACAAUACAAUUGUCCAGUUCUGUGCUGCAAAACAUGUUUAAGAUUAAAAAUAAAAAGUUAUGAAGGGUGGGAACAGUUAACUGGAGGAUGGAUUUGAUCCUCGGUGUACAUGUCCUAUGAGGAAAAUGUAGGCAAUGUAAUUUCCUCCUUAGAAAUGAGAUGGAACCACAAAAAAUCUCAAUCAAAUAAAAUAAACCUAACGCUUUUCUGUUAAAUUUUUUCAAGCGUUCAAUUAACUCACUGGGUAACCCUGAUAAUGAAUAUGCUCUGAUAUUAUACCAGCAGCCUGUUAUCAAAGAAAUACGUGAAACAACCACAACCUUUUAACUACGCCCAUUCAUAUUAUAUAUACCAGUGGUUCUC